UACGCGCAUGCACGCUGCCUCGGACCUUCUCCCGCAGCUCCUCGCUCUCCUCCCGCAUCCGUGCACGAUCUGCUGCCAGAGAAGUGAUCCAGUGAGAGACCCUGAGGACCAAUAGGAAGCGGAGAGCGGCUCGUUUCCUGAGGGGAGGCCCCCGGGGAGAAGGAGCCAAGCCGCCCGGAGGAGAGCCUCAGUGAUCCCGGGGGAGAAGCGCAGGCAGCACCGGGGACCGAGGAGAUCCUGCAGCCGCCUCACGGAGCCUGUUCCUGGGGGGGAGAGAGAGGUGCAAGGGGGUCGCCCGAGUGAGACGCAGCGGACUCAUCCUCUCUUGGAUCCACGGUGGAGCAACAUGGAUGGAUUCCAUGACCAGCGAGUUCCUCACUGUAACUCCACUCGGCUGCAGGAGAAGACGAGGAGCAGCGAGAGGCCGGCGAGUGACAGAAAGAGAAAAUUCAUUAAGACCGACCUGGCUCAGGACACUGAAGAGCUCUUCCAGGACCUCAGUCAGCUGCAGGAGACCUGGCUGGCAGAAGCUCAAGUUCCCGACAAUGACGAGCAGUUCGUUCCAGACUUCCAGACUGAAAACUUGGCGUUCCACGGACUGCAGCUGAAGAUCAAGAGAGAGCUGCACAGCCCGUGUUCAGAGCUGAGCUCCAACUGUUCCCAAGAGCGGCUCUUCAAGCUCCAGUAUGGAGAGAAGUGCCCGUACAACGUCAGUGCCUAUGAGCAGAAGCAGCCUGCAGGAAUGAAGCCCUCCAGCCCCGUGACGCCCCCCUGUAGCACCCCCGUGUCCCCCCUCCACCAUGCCUCACCCACGGCCCCCCCGACGCCCAAACCAGACCGGACCUACGCCCACAUCCCGUCGUCCCAGCCGCUCGCUGACAACACCUACUCCAUGGACCACAGGUUCCGGCGGCAGCUCUCGGAGCCGUGCCACUCCUUCCCCUCCCCCCCCACCAUGGCCCGGGACAGCCGGCCCAUCUACCACCGGCAGCUGUCGGAGCCCAACAUCCCCUUCCCGCCCCAGGGCUUCAAGCAGGAGUACCCCGACCCGCUCUUCGAACACCCGGCCAUGGGGGGGGCGCCGCUGCCCCACGCGUACCCCCCCGCCAUGAUGAUCAAGCAGGAGCCCCGGGACUUCACCUACGACUCAGCUGAAGUGCCGAGCUGCCAUUCUGUCUACUUACGGCAAGACGGCUAUCUGGCUCACACCACCAGGACUGAAGGGUGUAUGUUUGAAAAGGUGGCGAGACAUUUCUACGACGACACCUGCGUCGUGCCAGAAAAAGCCGAAGGUGACAUCAAGCAGGAGAGCGGUCUGUACCGCGAGGGCCCGUCCUACCAGCGCCGCGGCUCGCUGCAGCUCUGGCAGUUCCUGGUCGCUCUGCUGGACGACCCGGGCAACUCGCACUUCAUCGCCUGGACCGGCCGCGGCAUGGAGUUCAAGCUCAUCGAGCCCGAGGAGGUGGCUCGUCGGUGGGGGAUUCAGAAGAAUCGACCGGCGAUGAAUUACGACAAACUCAGCCGAUCGUUGCGCUACUACUACGAGAAGGGGAUCAUGCAAAAGGUGGCCGGCGAGAGAUACGUCUACAAGUUCGUGUGCGACCCCGAGGCGUUGUUCUCGAUGGCGUUCCCCGACAACCAGCGCCCGGUGCUGAAGACCGACCUGGAGCGUCAGAUCAACGAGGAGGACACCGUGCCGCUGUCGCACUUCGACGAGAACAUGGCCUACGUGCAGGAGGCGCCCUACUGCCAACCGCACCCCUACAGCGAGGGCUACGUUUAUUAACGGCAACCCCCCCCUCCUCCUCCUCCUCCUCCUCUUCCUCCUCCUCUUCCUCACACACACACCUCCAUUCUCCAUCUCUUCUUCCAUCCUCCGUCACUCCAGAGACUGUCGUGUCCUCUAAUUCACAGUCGCUCCAGGAAUAAGACUGAACACACACAUGCAGCGGAGCUCUCUCUCUCUUUCUCUUUCUCUCUUUCUCCCUCUCUCUUUCUUUUUCUCUCUCUCUCUCUCUAUCACAUGAACUCACCCGUCCUCUGGUUCUUUUUGCUCUUGUCUUUCUGACGUCCACAGCAGGAUGGAGAGUGCACUUUACGGACAGGAGGAGCGACGCGGCGUUAGCCUGCUAGCUACGAGCUACGUGGUGGUUUAUGUUUGUACAUUAACGUGAGAAUCGUUCUGUUUGUUUCUUCUGUUUUUUUAUUGUUAUGAUAUUUUACUUUGUUGGAGCAUGUGGCACACGAGCAGGAAGCGGGAGGACGAGCGCUUUCCUUCGAACUUUUCUCCGUGACACAAUCACAGACUUGACAGAGAAAUGAAAGAGACGUUCAGCUACCGUCAGUGGGAACUGCGACGCCGCCAUUUUGAACAGCGACCUCUGGCCUCCUUCGUCCAAUCAGACUGUAGAUCUCACGCAGGACGAGACGGCGUCGGGAACCGUUCUGAGCUGCGUGGAUGAAACUUUUCUCCAUCGCAGCCGGUGUUUAGGAUAAUCAAUAAAGCCGCAGGCCGCUGUAAGAUAACUCAUUAACUGUAAACUGCAGUUUCCUUUGUUUCUCAGAGAGCCACUCAUUUGUCAUUCAGCUGUUUUUUUUUUUUUUAAAUGAAUAACUGGAGGAAGCGUAUGUACAGUACAGAGCAACACACUCAUCAGGAUUGAGAAGAUUGAGCAGCCGAUAAAAGGCUGAAAAAUCAAACACAAAAUCCAACAUGUCCCUGGUUUCUUUUUUCCUUUUGGUUCCAGGUGAACAUGAGGUGAAGACUUUGCUUUAAAAUGUUGCAUCGCCAUCGAUACGGUUGUUUUCUUUAGGGGUUUAAAAAAAAAAAAAACAAUGUAUAAGAAAUAUCUAGAGUUUUAUAAUGUGAUGACAAACAUUCAUGUUAUAACAAAAAUAGUGUUCCAUUGUAUAAUCAGGUAAAUCCACAUUUUGUUGCUGCUUCAAAUUGUUUGUGUAUUUUCUAGUCUCAAGCUAUUAAAAAAAAAAGAAAAGAAAAAGAAGUGCGGCAGAUAUCGGCUUGCUAUUCUUUCAAUUCUGAUUUUGAAUUUUUGUUUUUUUUAUUUUUUUUAUUUGAACAUUUAAAAUAAAAAAUGUCUGGUCUGUAUGAGUUUUGUUCUCGAGGGCCACGUGUCUGGGGCGGGAUUGGCAAUAGCAGAAAUUCUGUAAUAAAAUAUCCCUGAAAAACAAAA